CAAACUACAACUGCUCUGAUUACUCUGAUCACUCUAAUCACCCUGACCGCCCUGGCCGCUCUGACUGCCAUGACUGCUAUGACCGCUAUCAGUAUCAUCAGCAAGUUGAUGAGUGAAUGUUAUCUGAAAAGAUAUCAAAAAGAACAAGAGAAUGAUCUCUUUGUACAAGUGAUAGAU